AUGGCCCCUAAACAGAAAAAUGUAAAGUCUGUUGAGGAGAAGGUUGGGGAAGUUGACGUCCCGCUUGGAGAUGAAAAUGUGAAGAUGGAAAAUAUUGCUGAUGCAACAGUUGGAGAUAAUUUUCCCUCCGCGAAGCCUGUUAAGGGGAAACAAAACGAAAAAGAUAACCCAGCGGAUGAAGACGCGGGCCAUACAGAGGAGAAUGGAUUUAAUACAAGGAGAGAGCACCAUGAGAUCCCAUCAAACUUACUUCUAAGAGACAGAGCUGCAGAGCAUGGAGGAGGAACAGGAGUACCCGAGAUCACAAACCACCCCGAUGAACCAUCCGAUGAACCAACUGAGAUCACGAAACAGCCCGACAAAGAACCUGCUAGCCCCAUGAGGUUGGCUGGUAUCCUCUUAGUUGUUGCAUUUUUGUUAGUUAUCUUGGCUAUUUUAAUUGCCCCUGAAAAGCCCGAAAGAAAACCUUUUGUCCUUCCUAUAAUCUUUGAAAAUAAGAUAAAAGAACUUCAAUCUUCUUUCACUAACCAAACUGACCGGUUUUGGAAGAUCCUAAAGAACCGUGGCUUGGCACAUCUCAAGAAUGCCAGUCCCUCCCAGCCACUUGUAUUGUUACUAGCUGCACCCCCAGCUGCUCACGGCACGGUGGACUGCUUUGCCAGGAAGCUUGCAGAGGCAUUAGAUCCAGAACACAAGGGAAUCUUAGCUACAAUUGAAGGAAGAGAAGAAAGGAGCUACCCUGGUGAGGAGACCAAGAAAAAGAUGGAUGAUUUACUAAGAAGAAGUUUUAAAAGAGGCCAAAGAGUGGCACUUGUUCAUCACCUUGAGCUCCUCCCCUUACCAGCACCCCUGUUGUUUCACUCAUAUUGCGAUGAUCACAAUGCACUGUAUAAACACGUGGCAAUCAUCUUCACUGUACACUUGCCUGUCGAGCCAGAUGCAUCUUUAGAACCCAAAGAAGCAGAGAGAACAGUUGAGAAGUACCUUGCUGACGAAGUUUGGGCAAAAGAAAAUAAGGAUGCAGUAGCUGAUCUUUUGAUCCGAGUUACAGACACAGUGGCUCUCAUGAAUGGUGAACCUAGUAGUUUAGAUACUUGUUAACUUGUUUUAUAUGAGACUAGAUUUCAUACAUUUUACACAUACAACUACACCCACCAGCCAUUACAAGCUAAUGUAGCAAUAUUAGACAGACAACCUAACUCAACCUACAAUAUAUUUGGUAGUUGCAUCAUUUUUCCUUGAUUUGUCUCUUUUCUGCAAAUUGUAUUUAGACAUUUGAACAAUCCACUCAUGUCCUGUUAAAAACACUUUUCUAUGACAGUGACCUAGAAUAAUGAUAUAUAAUAAUAUAUAUAAUAAUAUAAUAAUAUAUAAUUAGCAGACCUUAGUAUAGCUGUCAAAUUGAAAUAGCCUUUACUUGCUGCGCUAUUAAUAUGAAAUGCCAGCUGUCUCCACCCCCUUUGAUACUUGUGGGUGGAGUAGGGGGAGAGAGAUGUCUUAGGGGGUGGAGACGGCUAGCAUUUUUGGCAAAAAGAUUUAUAAUCUGAUUUAUCACUGUCUAUCCUAGUGUAAGUAGAUUGAAACUGAGGUAACAUGCCCCUGGAUGGCUGCAUGGGCUAAGUAGGGGAUGAUAUUUCAUUAGUCCAUAUCCUGCAUUUUAGUAUCUCAGAUUUCUUCGUUAUAUGGACUUAAAUUUUGUAAUCAUGUUGACCAUUUCUUUUAAAAUUGAAUACCCAAAACAUAUGUUAUGGUAGUAAGUAACAUAUGGCUCAGGCUAUUUUUUGGUCAUGUGGUGAAUAAAAUUCUGACAGCUGGUAUGUCAACCAUGUAAGAGAGUAAGAGAAAAUGCACAAGAGCUGCUAGAAUAGACCUUUGUCACGUGACGGCCAUUUUGUCUCAGGAGAUUUAAAAAGCUUGUUUAUGCACAGCUAUCCUCGUAGAGAGAACGAGGCUAGAGGCUGAGACAAAAUGGCCACUUUGUGUCAAAGGUCUAUUGGGCCUGCUCUCAGGUUAACUUGAAUCAUAAUGAAGCUCAGGUUAACUUUGCCUUAUCUGAUAACCUGUUGGAUGGAUGUAUUAUUAUGAUAAACCAACAAAAUCUCAUUUGACCUCUAGUCAGAGAGUUUUCAUACUCAGGAGCAUAGCCAGCUUUCUUACUAGUUGUAGGCCUGGCUGACUUUCAUUUUCCACACAUCCUGAAAAUUGCUAGGCAUGACUAGUACACACUGACGUCACCAACAUUUUGAGCUCUUAAGCUUUUUACCUCACCCCAGAGACGAAUAAUUUAUUACAAGCUGUAGAGUGAUCAAUUCAAAAAUUUGCAGGUGCAGGCCUACAGGUCUAUGGGCUGCGGCUACGCCCCUGUUACUGAUCCGUGGCUGAGGUUCAGAAAUAACCACCUUAGCAACUUGAUAAAUCCACAGACCCUGGAUGUUUUUAUAAGGGUUAGUGUUAGGGAAAUGGUAUUAUUUCUUUGAAAAAAAAAUAUGUAUGCUCAAACGUUAUUUCCACUUAUUUACAGCCUGCAAGCAACCUCUUCAUUUUCUUCAACUGACGAUCUUAUCAGUGAUCUUAUUUCACCUACUUAUAAAUUGUAUUGUUUACAAAAUUAACUGCGUUCGUACAGAGUCUUUAAUUCUUGAAAAAGUCUUAAAAUUUGCCCAGCAAUUUUCCAGACCCUGAAAAAGUCUGGAAAAUCGGGGUAAGUCUUGAUAACAUGGUUAAACGCCUUGAUGAUGGAGUGCUUCACAGGUGAAAUGUUUUUGUGUUGGUCAAUAUUCAAUCUCGCCUGCACGUCAUGUACCAAGCUUUGUUCCUGUGUUUUUUUUUAAGGUCUCUGUUGACCAUCUAUUUGAUAACCUUGAGUCUGGAAAAAGGAAUUAUUGUUUUGGAAAAAGUCUUGAAUUUUGGAUCAAAAAUCUGUACGAACCCUGAUUAGUACAUGUAUUCUUGUAAACCUCAUUUUUCUCUAGUUCUGUAAAUAUGCCUCUUCUUUUACAUAUGUGUGUAGCCACUGCUUGACUCAACGAGCUCUUACUAACUGAAGGCAGUGCACAUUUUUGUAAGAUUUAUAUAACGAAUCAAUCAACUGAACAAAAUGGGACUUAAAAAAAAAAAACAAAGUGGNUUAGGGAAAUGGUAUUAUUUCUUUGAAAAAAAAAUAUGUAUGCUCAAACGUUAUUUCCACUUAUUUACAGCCUGCAAGCAACCUCUUCAUUUUCUUCAACUGACGAUCUUAUCAGUGAUCUUAUUUCACCUACUUAUAAAUUGUAUUGUUUACAAAAUUAACUGCGUUCGUACAGAGUCUUUAAUUCUUGAAAAAGUCUUAAAAUUUGCCCAGCAAUUUUCCAGACCCUGAAAAAGUCUGGAAAAUCGGGGUAAGUCUUGAUAACAUGGUUAAACGCCUUGAUGAUGGAGUGCUUCACAGGUGAAAUGUUUUUGUGUUGGUCAAUAUUCAAUCUCGCCUGCACGUCAUGUACCAAGCUUUGUUCCUGUGUUUUUUUUUAAGGUCUCUGUUGACCAUCUAUUUGAUAACCUUGAGUCUGGAAAAAGGAAUUAUUGUUUUGGAAAAAGUCUUGAAUUUUGGAUCAAAAAUCUGUACGAACCCUGAUUAGUACAUGUAUUCUUGUAAACCUCAUUUUUCUCUAGUUCUGUAAAUAUGCCUCUUCUUUUACAUAUGUGUGUAGCCACUGCUUGACUCAACGAGCUCUUACUAACUGAAGGCAGUGCACAUUUUUGUAAGAUUUAUAUAACGAAUCAAUCAACUGAACAAAAUGGGACUUAAAAAAAAAAAACAAAGUGGGGGAUAUUGCAAAAAGUCACACUUGAGUGGCAUAUAUACCAGAGGAGACUGGGACUCUGGUUACUGGCCACUAAAGAUAUGGUAUCUGUUUUACUGAAGUUUACCUGUAUAAAGACUAUCAGUAAUUCUUUAACUGCAGUUACGUUUCAGAUGUUUCAAUGAUAAGCUUGUAGCAAGUUUAUUUUUAAUCUGUUUCCAUGAAUUUGUAGAUCAGAUCCUCUAACUGUAAAAUACCAUUAUUAUUCCACUAUUAUGUCAUUUUACCAUAUAAGGUCAAGAGAACAAGCAAAAUACGAGGCCGUAAUACACCGUAGUGUCCUGGUUUAACCGGUUUACAACAGGGCGAAUACCGGCGGAUGCAAAAGGAGCAACUGUGGCUGACAGAAUCAGGAUGUUUUGGAUACUCUCAUUAGAAAAUAGAAGCCUAAAUACCAUUUUUCUUUUGCGGUAAAAUAAUUAACCUCUCAUUCAAUGGUUUGGCAUAUAAUACGCGCAAACAUUUUGCUAAUUGUUAACGUCAUUCACACAGACAGAAUCAGAAUGUCUCUGAAUACUCUUACCAAAAAUAGAGGCCAAUUGCCAGAUAAUUUUUUUUUGUAGUGGAAUAAUAAACCUCUUAUUCGAUGGUUUAGCAUGUAAUCUGCUCAUUGCUCGUAUUUUUCCUCGCUCCUGCGGGGCUCGGAAAAAUACUACGCAAGUCGCAAAAUAUCCGCACGUAUUAUAUGCUAAACCAUCGAAUAAGGUGUAUUUAUUGUAUGUGUGUACCUUAGUUGGGAAUUUUUCUGUAUUUAUUUAAAAGAGCUCAAGUGAAAUAAAUGUCUUCAAAGAAAAAACCUUAAUAAGGGGCACCCAACGACUGUUUCCUCCUAAAUGCAUAACACUUUUUUAGGCUAUCCAGAGUACUUUUAGAUCCUAAUCGGCGCUAUAAAAUUUAUAUCUGUUCGGUCAUCCUAGAGCAACUUGAAUCUUUUGGAAACUACCAGAACUUCAGUAUUAUUUCCCCGAAAAUUUUAGAUGCCAAAAACUUAAAGUUUUGCAAAGGUGAGAAUUUUUCUGAUUCCUCUUUCCAUCCUAUUUUCGAAUCCGACAAUUUUAGGUUUCCUUUCUCUGCGAAAAAAAGCUUAAUCUGGGUUUAAUCCCUCACCUAUUUAGAUCCUUGAAAUUAUUCGACUGUUUUCAAAGGUUUUCCCUUCUACGCAAAGAAAUAAUUAAUGCCAUAUUACGAAACCUAAAACUGUUUCUUUCUUGUCGAGUUUUGCGUCGCGUCCUGGCUCGAAGUCCGGGUCCGAGUCCUGGCUCGGUAUAUACAGCUAUUUCGAGAAAGGUUGUCGGAAAAAGUGCACGCGACAAUCCCGAAAGGCAUUGUGGGUGGUUUUAAGUUCACUGUUAAAGAAAUUUGAAAGAAUUGGUAACAAGGCCGUGGAAAUGUGUUUGCGAGUGCUAAAGGAAAGCAACAAAAGUAGGUUCGACGGGUACAGUCGUCAGAAACACAGUGUAUUGAUCAUAUCCCAUAUUACCUUUCGGGAUUGUCGCGUGCACAUUUUUCCGACAACCUUGCUCGAAAUACCUGUAGACAUAUACCCUGCGAGCAGAGGCCCUUCGAUCUUCCUAGAUAAGUCGGGUUUAUCUAGGAAGAUCGAAGGGCCUCUGCUCGCAGGGUAGUAGACAUAACGAGAACGAUAAAAAAGCAACAAUAGGUCUAAUUAGAAAAAAAGCAACUUUGGCACGUGCAACACACUUUUUUUGUACAUUUCUUUGCCGUUGUUUUGCGCGACUACAACAUGAAACUUCUAGAAACUUCACGUAAACUUCCACGUGUUCUUCGUCACUUUUUUUUCACCGUCGCUCAUUUUCAUCCUAGUGGCCGCUAACAUUUCUCAUUUUCUCACCGCCGCUACAAAAUUCCAUGUUGCUCCUCCAACAAAAAGUGUCUUCUUUGUUUUUUCUCUCUCGCACUAGCGGUUUUUCUCGUUGAACUUCGCUAGCCUGUCGCCCUACUUUCUCUUUUUCUCUGUCUUUCUCUUUCUCUAGAUUCCAAAUUUGUGGACACGACAAUUAAUCUAAGCUUAAUACUUUAUAAGACAACACGGAUACAGAGACAAUUUCCGCUUUCCGUUUCGUAUUUAUUGUCUCUGCUUCAACCAGCUAUAACCUGACAUCUGGCAUCGGCCAACAUGAAGUGUGUGUAUUGACGCGCGGGCGUACGCAGGUUACCAGUUUACAAAAAAAUGAAAAGUGUCAUUCAUGUCCUUAAAAGAAACCUUUUGAAUGUACAACCCUUCUUCAGUGUACAAAAAACCGUUCUACUACAUUUAAAAAUAGAUCAGACAGCUAGAGGUAUCUUCCUAGCUUUUUGUGGCGUACAAAAGUUACCGGCUUAUGUGCUCACUGACAACUCCUCUAAUGAGCAGCCUGGCUAAUGCAUUUGUCAUUGUCCUUAGUGUAACACCUGAAAUAAAACAAUUACAUCAACCCUGUCGCUGAGAUUCGAGGCCCUAAGUUCCUUUUCCAACAAGGUCAAGAGAAAAGUCAUAAGAAGUUUGCACUUCAACUACAAAACCCUCAUACUGGGGACAAUGGAUCCUAUCCAGUGACCCCCUCCCCCCACCCCACCAGUGGGGGGUCAAUGUUGUUCAGUCAAGAGCAGAAAAUAUCCAGUUGGACUUCAGCAUAUUUUGUUUUUUGGAGAAAGGAAGGGGAGGUAUUUGUAAUCGCCAGUGCUUUGAAGAGCUUUAUCUUGAAACUGCUGAUGGAACUACACUUAAGAAAUUAUGUCCACUUUUCUUGACAUUAAUUUAUUGUUCAAGAUAAUUGACGGUUUUAGCCAAAAAGGUGUCCAGGCGUCCAGUGGAUUAAUCUGUGAAUGGGUUAUUCCAGGAAACAUCCAAACCCCCACGACCUAAGGCAUGCUGGAAAAUCUCACGGGAGAGGGGGUUAAUGACUCAGGAAAUCUAGACUGUACUCAUAUUUCUUGUUACGAAAGUCUUCCAAAAGGGUACAAUAAGUGCAUACAGCCGCCCCCUCCCCUCAGAAAAGAUGGCCCCUUAGCAGCCCAGUUAAAAUCACCUUUCGGUGAUUACUGUUUCUCAACAAAGAAGAGAACCUUUUAUUACCUUUUGUAGUAUAUUUCGCUGCAUAUUUUGCCUGGUCUAAGAAAAAAGAGAAGUUCACUCAAAUGUGAGCUUAUUUGCAAACUGUGAAAGUCUUUUAUGUGAAAAUAUAUAAUCUAACUUUCACAACAAACACAGAAAUCAAACUAAGAGAAUUGAGGCUUAUUUAAUAAAAGAUUGUCUAAAUGCCUGAAAGAACUUUUGAAUUAGGAAAUCCUGAGGGGAGGGGGGGCUCAUGCAGUUUUGGAAUUCCAGAUGAAAGGAGGGUCAAAAAAUGUGCCUUCUGUUAUGGGGGUGUGGAUUUUUUCUGGAAUAACCCAAUGCAGACGUACAGUGUUCUAGCUGAUUCUUUCAAGCGGGGGGUCAUGAAUGUAGGCCAUCUGAGGGGUCACCAAGACCACGUGCUAAUUUUUUUUGUUAUAUUUAACUCAAUACUUACAUGUGAUCUAUCAGGUCAGGGAGCCUUCUUUGUCGGGUCAUUGACCCAAGACCUAUCUCUUAUCUGCAUCACUGGAUGUACGUACAUGUAUUUAUGUCAUCGCUUCCCUCCAUCUGUUACAUUUUACUUUUUAGUUGGAGAGAGGCAUAGACCGUAAAAAGAUCUGCAUUUGCAAGCUGCCAGAGCAUGCUUCCUUUUAGAAAAAAUUAGCAUCAAAUUUUCUUAGCCUAGUUAGACACCGAGUGUUCAAUGUCUUUUAAAACGCCUGAUUUACUAUAUUCAGAAAAACUGUUUAUCGCUAUAAGUAACCCACACCACUGUCUAAUCUAAUUGAUGAUAUAGUCAACUUUGCUUGAUAUUUUCUUACAACCAGACUGUGAAAAGACCUUUAAGUCUUCUGGGAAGUAUAACAGCUCAUCUGCAAUGCUGUUGAGGACUUGCUCAGUAACUGGAUGUCCUUUCUUUUCCAAGUCUACUUUAGCGCACAUUUUAAUAUGAGAUCUCUCUAAAGGUAAAAAUGGGAUAAAAUAAUCUAUAAGAUUUUGCUCGAUGAGCGAUGAAUGCCAGAAACCACCUUUAGUAUUAAACUCGCCAAGGUUAACAACCUUGUCCAUCUCUUUAAUACCAAUCUCUUCUCUCUUCCUUCCCUCUUUCCAGUGUCGGAGGACUGCAUCAUUUAUCAGAUGACCUCCCGUAUUGCUUAAAAAUAUAAAAAUACUUCCCCGGAAGUCAGUUUUGUCAACAUCAGGGUAGUGGUCUAAGUAGGGCUUUAGUACAUCUAUGAGACCAAACGGCAUUUUAUCCAUUUCGUCAAAAAUGAACAACGAUCUUGAGCACUGUGAAACUGAACUAGAAACUAAACUACGCAGAUAUCGUUUAUAACGGUCCACUUCCGACUGGUGUGGGAAGUCAUGGGUGGCAAUGAUUUGAUGGACAAAUUUACUUUCCAUCCCCUCCCUAAAAAUAUGCUCAGCAAUAAUCUUGCUAACAAAGUUUUUCCCUGAUCCGGUCCAGCCGUUAAAAGAGAGCGCCAAGGCUUUGCUCGGUGAUUUAUUAUUCAGAUGUCCAACUAUUGCCUUAAGCACUGUCUCGGUGACUAAAUGCUGUCCAAACACGCGCCGGCGCAAAGCUGAUUGCAGACCCGUGAUGUUCGCCGAGAUCCAUCUAUCUGUGCAACAUUCUUGAAAACGACACCGCGCCACAUAAGCGAAUAAAGAUCCCAACACCGCAGUCCCAACGCAACUUUCGAUGAUGAAUGCCUCUUGAACUGGAGUAAAACACAACAAGAUAAAGAACAAAAAUAUUCCAAUGUUCGCCAUAUUGAAGAUGCGGAAGCUUUCCCUGUUCUGGCACUUUAUAACAGCUUUUUCUAUUGGUUGCGAUAAUUUUUUUGACCAAUGAAAGGAAUCGUUAGAAAAUGCUGCUUCCUGAGUGGCUACCUGGCGGACGUUUCCCGGAAAACGCGCAUUACAAACGUGGUGUUAGCUUUUCCAAGAAAACUUUUGAUGAAUCUUACGUUGAUUUACUGAUUUUCAAAAACAUCGAAAGCUAGUGUAUUGAACGACCAAAUGUCCCGUAGAGAGACUGAUGAUGAAAAAGAUGACGAAGUUGGCGAACCUCCUGCAGGAAUAGAUGAAAAUACAGGAAGGGAAAAUGAUCCUUUGAAAGAGAAUGGUAAUGAGCUUUCUCGUGAGGAAAGUGACUUAGCAAAUGGAAAAUCGGACCGCGAAAAGAAGAAGGGUCAACCUGGUACCAAGAACCCACAAAAACGUGUCUCCAGGGCCAAAACAAGUCAAACAGCGUUUCAACAAAAGGUUGAAGAAGGAACUGGAUCACAUCAGGGUGUCAAAGAUGGCAAAGAAGAACCGACCGGUGACUUGGUAUAUAGUGCACCAGCCGAAGAACCUACAAGUAGCUUAAUGACCGGGUUAAUGAACAGUUUUAAGUCGGCUGUUAUCCCCCUCACCAUUUUCUUUUUGGUUAUUAUCGUUGCUAUCUUACUUCAGCGCUUACUUUACGUUUACCCUCCUCUGCCUCCUGACUCUAAGCCGCCGGAUUUCAACUUUGCUAAGAUUUUUGCAAAUAAGAUCGUGGAACUUCAGUCUUCUUUCACUAACCAAACUGACAGGUUUUGGAGGAUCCUAGAGAAACGUGGCUUGGCACAUCUCAAGAACGCCAGUCCCCCUCAGCCACUUGUAUUGUUACUGGCAGCACCCCCAGCUGCUCAUAGCAUUGUGGAGUGUUUUGCCAGGAAGCUUGCAGAGGCAUUAGAUCCAAAACACAAGAGAAUGUUAGCUAUAAUUGAUGGAAGAGAAGAAAGAAGCUACCCUGGUGAGGAGACCAAGAAAAAGAUGGAUGAUUUGCUAAUAAGAAGUUUUAAAAAAGGCCACAGAGCAGCACUUAUCCAUCACCUUGAGCUCCUUCCGCCUCCAUCACCCCUGUUGUUUUACUCAUAUUGCGAUGAUCAGAAUGCACCACAUAAACACGUGGCAAUCAUCUUCACCGUACACUUGCCCGCAGAGCCAGAUGCAUCUUUAGAACCGAAAGAAGCAGAGGGAACAGUUGAGAAGUACCUUGCUGACAUAGUUUGGGCAAAGGAGGACAAGGAUGCUGUCGCUGCUCUUUUGAGCCGAGUUGCAGACACAGUGGCUCUAAUGAAUGGUGAACCUAGUAGUCCAGCUACUUGUUAA